AUGCACUCAGUGACCGGCUGCACCCUUCCCUGUUCCUCCACUCCCUCCUGUCUCUGUGCAUUCGAUGCUAAUUCAUCUAUCUAUCUAUCUAUCUAUCUAUCUAUCUAUCUCAUAAAAACGAGAAUAAUAGCUAUUACAACAGCAACAACCACAGCAAUAAUAAUCACUCCCACUACUACUACUACUACUACUACUACUAUCAGUAAAACUAUAUCAAUAAAACUGCCCUGGAAAUCCGUCUCAUCUUCCUUAUUCAUUCUCAACUUAUAUACUUUUUGUCUUUUUUUUUCUUCUCUCUUUUCUUACCGUCUCUGGUAUUUAGGAACCAUUUUUCUUCUUAUCAGCUUUCUCUUUACCGUCUUCAUUCCUUCGUUGAUUUUCGCUUUUCUCCAUUAUACUGUUUCUCUUCCUCCCCCCUUUCCCUCCCGCUCAUUUCAUCUCCCACUAAAAAAAAUUAAUAUUUUAUAG